AUGCUAGAAAUGACAGAAGCCCAGCUCCAGAUGUGGAAAUCAGUUCUAAUCGACAAGAUCGAUUACCUGGAAAACCACGAAGACUGUGUUGUAAUAAGCAUCGAUAAGAAGACAGGUGAUAUCAUCCAACAGUACGAAUAUGAGUAUUCUCUCGAUAGGUUUCUGGAGCAUCUCGCGUCACUACAGAACGUGCCUGUGGUGACUUUGGCUGCUGCACCCACACAAGAAAGCUGGGAUCACGGUGGACUCUCGGAAGAUGCUCCAGACUUGAAGACUGCAAAUGGAGAGAGCUCAAGUGAGAGUCCACACACAGAUCCGGAUUUUAAGGACUUGGAUAUAUUCUCGGACACUGGGUCUGAUGGAGAGUCUUGGAUGACAUAUUCAGAUACUUCCAGCGAACGAUCAUCUGAACGUCACAUCCGUGAGAAGACCAGCAAGGAAAAACUGAAACUGCCAUGUUUGGGGGAUACGGAGCAAGUGGAAGAGAUAGAAGAACAAGGUCAGAGUACAGGAAUAGACACUGGCAUCAAAGAUGGGCUUGCACUGGCUGCAACAGUCAAUACAAUUUUGAUUGCAUGCUUGUGGAUUGCAGAGAAGUGGGAACGUGUAAAGUAG